ACUCUCUUGUUACAUAACACCUGAAGUGAUGAAUAAAUUGAUAUUUUUAAAAUACUGAACACCAUCCAGCUCUUUAAACAUCUACGCCAUGUUGUUGAAGGCUCUAUUCCUUUUCUCUCUUCUGGCUAUAGCUCACGGCUGCUGCAAGAAAAGGUGCAAAUCGGAUUCGCUUGAAAAUCCUUUCAAUGGCAAAUGCUAUCAGAUUCCACCAGAACCUGAAAGACCAGCUGUAUGGUUGGACGAUUGUGAUAGAGUUCCUUCCGAUUGCGACAAUUACGGAUUGAUAUAUGACCUUCAACAUCCAAAAGGCGAUGGUCCAUGGUGUUCCUCAGGUCAAAAGAUAAGAUGUUUACUUCCAGAAAAGCCUAAAUUAACAGUAACCGGAGCCAAAGAAUUCAAAAUAAUUAGUAUUAAUGUUAUGGAAAGAAAUUAUUAUAUGACUUUGGACGGUCAAAAUGAGAGAACUUGCCGAAUCGUUCCUUGGCUAUUGAGCAAUUUUCCCAAUUUAGACGCUAUAGCUUUUCAAGAGACAUUUAUGGGUGGAUGCUUCUCUAACAAACUCAACUUGCGAGAUAUUCUGACUUAUUACGGAUUCAAAUAUCAAACUGAAACUAUUUAUUCGACUCUUAAAAUCUUAAAUGGAGGAACUUUUAUCGCUUCCAAAUGGCCUAUUGUCGAUGAAUAUGGAAAGAUUUUUACAACAGCCAACCCGUGGACAUUUGAAUAUUUUGUUGCAAAAGGUGUCUCAUACGGAAAGAUUGUUAAAACAGUUGAAAGUGAACAAAUGACUUAUAACGUUAUGACUACUCAUAUGCAAUCAUCUGGUUCGAAUUAUUAUAGAGAAGCUCAGUGCAGAGAGUGGGCAGACUUUUCAAAAAGUUUAGAUAUUCCUUCAAACGAAGCUCUUAUAUUUAGCGGUGAUUUAAAUAUGGAUGUUACAGAUCCGAGUUUAAAGAGCUGUAUUGAUUUAUUAAAUGGAACGUUACCGGAAAUAUCAGGCUUUCAGAAAGCCUCCUACGAUCCAAACAGUAAUGAUAUUUUACAAAUAGAAGAUAUGUACAAGCAAACUAUGCUGAUUGAUUUUGUUUUCCCAAGUAAAAUGCAUAGGCAACCUGAAAAAGCUAGUCAGGAGAUAAUCCAAAUGAAAUCUAAUGAUUAUUUUAAAAUAUGCUAUUGUAGCAUAUGUGUAUCGAGGACUAGACACGUUUUUCCAGAUGAUGAUUGCGAAAGAGUUGCAUGGAUUCAACAACUUUCCGAUCAUUACGCCGUACUUGGCCACUUCAAAUUCUAAUCAACAGUUAUAUUUUUGUUCCUUUUUUUUCUUUCUUUAUGUUUUUUUUUUGAUUAAUUUAAUCGUGCCAUGCAUUUAAACCAUGAUUUAUUAUUAUUAAUUAUAUAUUAAUUUAUAUACAGUAUGUAUUUAUUUAAUUAAAUAUCCUUAUUUAUACAUAAUCGUUCAUGUAAUUUAUUAGACGCUCAGAUCUAAUACAAAACGCACAAAAAAUCGAACAUUCUUUAAGUUUUAAUAGUCAGUCAUUUUGCAGUCUUUGUUCUCUUUCUCAGAUCAUAUAGUGUAUAUAUUUUAACUGUAAAUGCAUUUUUCCUGUCAGUUAACAAAAUAUGUUUGAUGAACAGCUGUUCAAUUUUUUAUUCUCUAUUCGUACCUUUAAAAAUUAUUCUAUUCCGAUUUCCUCUAACCGUUUUAUGUAGUGAGCUGUUUAACAUCCAACUGAAUAUUUAAACAUUGGAUUAGGGGAAAAAAUUAAAUCUGGUUCGUAAAUUGAACUUUAACCUUUAUGUAAAAUAGGUGUUAUUUUGUUUAUAGGUAAUCUUUUGUUAUUAUUCUUAAAUCUUUAGUAUAAAUUAUAAAAAUGAUUAUACCUAUAGCAUUUAUA